AUGCCAUAUUUGCUACUCCUCAUUGAUUCGCAGUUCCCGGUACCACUGCAACUUCGGGGUGACCCAAGCACAAAGGCCGGCGGUCUGAUUCCUUGCACAAACCUUGCGAUGGAGACUGACUGCAUCGGAGCCACUUCCGCAGUGAGAAUACCUUGGGCGGGGCGCAGGAGGAAAAUGCAGAGCAACAUGCCUUCGAGGCUUCGAUCAAUUGGUACGGCUGGAAUGGCUCGUGAUACGGGUACUGGUGGGCCUGCACGGCUACUCCGAUAUAUCUAG